AACAUUUGUUUUGUCAUCACGGAGUUCUGAAAGUGAGGGAUUUUGAAAGGGGUGUGGGGUAGAUUUUCUGUUUAGAGUACCGGUAUAUAGCUUAUUGGUGGUUUCUUGCUUUAGAUUAGGGUCAUAUUUUGGGUAAAGACUAUUCUUUAAUUUUCAAAAAUGGAUGAAGAGUACGACGUAAUCGUUUUAGGAACCGGUUUAAAGGAAUGUAUUUUAAGUGGAAUGCUGUCUGUAAGUGGGAAGAAAGUUUUGCACAUAGAUAGGAACAAGUAUUAUGGAGGUGAAAGUGCAUCAAUUACACCAUUAGAAGAACUUUUUUCAAAAUUCAAUAUGCCUGCUACUCAUCUGGAGGAAUAUGGUCGAUCUAGGGACUGGAAUGUAGAUCUUAUACCAAAGUUUUUAAUGGCUAAUGGCCAACUGGUGAAGUUACUCAUUCAUACUGGUGUGACCCGAUACUUAGAGUUCAAGUCUAUAGAAGGUAGCUAUGUAUACAAAGGCGGAAAGAUUUCUAAGGUUCCUGCAGAUGAAAAGGAAGCUUUAGCUUCAGGUUUGAUGGGAAUGUUUGAGAAGAGGAGGUUUCGUAACUUCCUAGUCUUUAUCCAGGACUUCAUCUUGGAAGAUCCUAAGACUUGGAAAGAUGUUGACCCUAAACAAAUGACUGCAGCACAGUUAUAUGAAAAGUUUGGUUUAGAUAAAGAUACUGCUGAUUUCACAGGCCAUGCACUUGCAUUACAUAGGGAUGAUGAGUACCUGAACAAACCUUGUUUAGAGAUUAUUGAAAGAAUCAAGCUGUACAGUGAUUCCUUAGCUCGAUAUGGAAAAAGCCCAUAUCUCUAUCCUCUUUAUGGACUGGGAGAGUUACCACAAGGAUUUGCAAGACUAAGUGCUAUUUAUGGAGGCACCUAUAUGUUGGACAAACCAAUUGAUGAGAUUGUGAUGGAGAAUGGAAAGGUUGUUGGGGUUCGUUCUGGAGAUGAAACUGCAAAGUGUAAGCAAGUUUACUGUGAUCCUUCAUAUGUUCCUGACCGGGUAGAAAAAGUAGGCCAGGUAAUCAGGUGCAUCUGUUUGAUGAACCAUCCAAUCCCCAACACAAAGGAUGCUUUGUCUUGUCAGAUUAUCAUUCCUCAGAAGCAAGUUGGACGUCAUUCAGACAUCUAUGUAUCAAUGGUUUCAUAUACUCAUCAAGUAGCAGCAAAAGGCUGGUUUGUAGCUAUGGUUAGCACAACAGUGGAGACUCCUAAUCCUGAAGAAGAGAUAAAGCCAGGACUUGAUCUCUUGGGACCCAUCAAACAGAAGUUUGUAUGUGUUAGUGAUGUUUAUAAGCCAAAGGAAGAUGGACAAGAAAGCCAGGUAUGUGUUGUGAGUUGCUAUCAAACCAGUUUUUAUAAUUUAAUAAUAUUGAAUAAUCUUGGAAAAGCUAGUGAUGUUAUAACAUUUAAUUAA